AUGCCGGGAGCGAACCAAGCAAAUAAUCCGUCAAAUGACGGCGAGAUGAAGUAUCUCGGUAGUGCCGUUCUUCUAAAGGGCUCUCUCCCUGACAAACCGAGGGAUCCUAAUUUCACUGCUGUGGCUGUUGGUACUCCACUUGACGGUGAUUCUAAGGCACCAGACGAUUCAGUCGCAUAUCAUGACCCGCCAGUUGGUGACCGUUUGGCCUUGCAAACCCAUUUCCAUCGUGAAUAUAGAGCGGAUUCCAAAGAAGCGGGCUCCGAAGAGGCCAACGAAGCAAAGUCCGUCGUUAGUUCAAUAUACGACCCUUUCUCCGGGCCACCCUAUGAGGAACCCGAGCCGCCUCACCACGACCAAGAGUGGGAAGAAGCCGUAGAGUUCGGAUCUAAUUCUGAUAUCGUCCUUGCUCGGGCUGGUGAGUAUUGCGGCGAAGGUUGCUACCGCAAAGCUCCUUGGAUCUAUCACUUCGGAGAUCCGGUUCCAGAAUUUGACAUGCUCAACCUGGACCAGAUUGAUCGGCUUUGCCGUAAGUUGCAUAUCAAUAAUGUCACUGGGCAACCCCGUCUGCUUGCCCCAGUUCACGGCCCCUUGGGUGUUCUCCGCGUGAAGUUUGCGGAUUAUAUUCGGCAAUUGCAGGAGAUUCUUAAACACCUGCCCAGCAGAGAGAAUAUUUCUCGUUGGGAUACCAUCCACGAAAUGUUGAAGAACGGAAGUUCACCAGAUCCUUAUACUUAA